AGAUGGAAGGCACCAUGUAUAGGGGCAAUGACACGAAUGACGUCAUUGAAACUACGAAAUUUAUUACUAGUGUUGGGAGCUAGCAACACUCGGAUCCCACGGUCUACUACCCACCCUGCCUCCUGCCAUGGCGGUCGCUGCGAUGGGCGUUCCCGAGCUCAUAUAUCCAGGUGACCUGUCGACUGCCUCAACGUCGUCCCACUCCCACGAGCCCGUCACGCCAUCGACACCCUACCCAGCCCCCAGCCCGCCCAGGAACAAGCUAAGAAAACCACCGCCGACUGGAUCGCCUUUUUCAUUCGUGUCGGACAUACCCCCUUCAUUUUCCCAUUUCCCCUACUCGUUCUCUUCGACGAGCACGAGGCCGCAGAGGAGCCCGGUCUCAAGUCCUGUAGCUAGUACGUUGUCUGCUCCCAGCACCCUGACUUCGCGCCCAGAGACGGUGACCUCGUAUACUUCUCCCCCGCUUAAACUGGUCCAGCGUACUCCCGUUCUUUCUCCCAGACGAGGCAUGUUUACCGUGGGCUCCGAUGAUGACGACCAAGAAGCUUUUCCACCCAGCCCCCGACCUCCCCUUGAAGACGAGCUCGAACUCAAACGCCGGCGCAGGUGGACUCUCAUGACUGACGAUGCCAUCACCGAUGAGGCAUUCGCAGAAACCGUAUUCAGUCUCACUCGGUGCACGAGCUUCGAAUACGAGUCUUAUGCCAAUGAUGAUGAAAUGGAUACGAACAUGUCCAGUUUAAUGGCAUUGUUUACGACAAGAGAUCUUCUCAGGACCGAGAGACGCGUACCAUGGCCCUCGCAUCCCUCACCAUUGCUCAUGCAUACCCGGCUGAUCGCACUUAUCGAUGUUUCUCAAGCUCUCCUCGGAGCAAUGGAAUCUGAUCCGUCGGUCGCCGGGAUAGCCGGCGCGUUCGUAGCGAUGGAGGAAGAAAUGGGAGACGCACUGAGUGGGUGGUGUGCCGUAGUUGGCGGCUGGUUCGACGACGGAAGUGAAGUCAGGAGGCAGAGGCGGUUGUCAAAAGGUCCUAGGGGAACCGAGAAAGACUUGCCGUCCUUGCCGAAUUCGACUACGGAGAACAACAAACCCAAAAGAAGUUCGACAAUGCUGUCACUCGCGUCGAGAGAUCUUUGGCGCAGCUCUACAUCUAGCGAUUUCUCUUCCAGGAGCUCGCCUAUUUCCAUAUCCCCGAAAAGGAGCUCAACGCUACCUAUAUCUGCAAGGUCUGUAUCUUCGAGGAUGAAGGGAACAUGGCGGAAAUCCCUUCCCACACUCCCAGCUUGGACUAGUCAAAGUACUCAGACACUGAGGGAUCGGGGCAUCCUCCCAGUGCAGAGAGUUACGCGAUAUGCGUUGUUUUACAGAGAUCUACUGAAACAUACAGAAGGAUCUUCACCUUCGAGGGGGGUGGUAGAAGACGCCGUCGCUGUUGCAGAGAGGAUUGCUAAACGUUGCGACAAUGCACAAGGUAAUGAACGGUUGGUCGUGGGCACCACGAGAUUAUGAAGAUAUUAGAUUUACUCACUCACUUAUCAUUUGGUUGUACUGUUAGCUUUUCUUGGUUUUCUAUUCGCACUUCGCUUUUCACUCCUGCUAGCCAUUAUUGAUACCCCAAUUAUUGUAUAAUUAUAACAUAUUACUAACGACUCCAACGACUCCACGAAAAUUUGAUCACCCUU